AUGGGACCAAGAACUGCAAUUAUCACAUAUUCGCUUUACCACCAUAUUGCUUCAAUGGCAACAGCAGCUAAAACUGGUGUUGAAUCGGCUGGGGGUACAGCAAAGAUCUUUCAAGUGGCAGAAACUCUUCCAGAUUCUCUUCUUAAGAAAUUGGGGGCUCCACCUAAACCAGAUUUUCCCCUUGCAACUAAUGACACAUUGACCGAAUACGAUGCCUUUUUAUUUGGUAUCCCUACCAGAUAUGGUAAUAUGCCUGCACAAUUAAAGGCUUUUUGGGAUGGUACUGGUAGUUUGUGGGCCAAAGGUGCUUUGAUUGGUAAACCUGCAGGUAUGUUUGUCUCUACCGGUUCAGUUGGUGGUGGUCAAGAGACUACAGUUAUCAGUAAUUUGUCUACCUUAGUUCACCAUGGUAUGGUUUUUGUCCCAUUAGGAUAUUCACACCCAGGUAUUACUUCAAUGGAUGAAGUACAUGGUGGUUCGCCAUGGGGUGCCGGUACUUUUGCAUCUUCAGAUGGUUCUAGAAAGGUGUCAGACUUGGAACUCGAGAUUGCUAAGGCACAAGGUGCAAACUUUUACAAGACCAUUGCGAAGCUUAAAGGAAUUGAAAAUUAG